GUGGUAUUGCCUCCACAUGCCACCUCCACUCACCCUGGGCUCUUCUCGCGGGGCAUUGUGAAGGAGAAGAGGUAGACGCGUCCUACUCCCAUCCACGUUUGAUUUGUCCAACUGCCAUCACUCCCUCUGUCCGCUGUCGCACGGCCUCUCUUCUGUCAUCUAUUAUUUCCCCAGCCAUAUCACUCAUCGCGCAUCCCGAAGGAGGCAGCAGUGAGCUGCAAUGACGGACACCCAGUCGUUCAUCCCUGUCGCCAGGGGGCGGCGCACCUCCCUCGCCUCGUCCAUAAGCGGUCUCGCCCUCAGCAUAAAUUCAACGGCACCCAGAUCACCUCGCAACUCGCAUAGAAGGACAGUCAGUCUUGCACUCAGCAGUGGUGAUGAAGGCCGGCGCAGCCCACAUGUGCCCAGCCACGUGUCACUGACGCACACACGACUCGCAUCCGCUGUUGAGGGCGUGGAUCCCGCUCUCUCGCCAGAGUCAAUUGUCCUGACUUUGGACGGCACUGGCACUGAGUUUGGAACGGACGAUGAAUCUUCCACAAUUGAUUCAGUAGACCGGAGAAUACCGCGCUCAGCUGUGACACACGCAGUGUCACUGCAUGCAGGCAUGCACCGCAGCAGAGAGACGAGCCCUGCUCCCGAGAUCGACUGUUCGCAGCUAACAGAAACCCUGUCAAGAGCUUCCAAUGGCGUCAAUGGUCUUUGUGAGAACGGCGCGUCAUCCCUGGGCCUGCUGGACAACCUCUCACCGCCAUCUCGUCCGCGUGACCCACUCUCACCGGUGGUUGGCGUGCAAAACACGUCUCGUAUUCCAGCGGGUCCUCAUGGCAAAACCUCGCGCAUGAUUGCUACACUCCAGACUGAGCUUGAGCACACCAAAUCACAUCUAGACCGUGUCAAGCAGGAGGUUAGAAACUGCCGCCGGGAGAUCGGGACUUGAGGAUCUCCGCGAAACGCGUGACCGGAUGCGUGGCGAGGUAGAGGCGCUAAACAACGUUAUCGCCCGGAAGGAACGCAUGAUGGCUGAUGUGCUUGCACGAGCACGAACCGCCGAGGCAUCCGCUACUCAGAAUGCUUCUGAACGCAAAGAGCUCGAAGCGCGCGUUAAGAAAGCUGAGGCCGAUUCGCGCGGAGAAGUGGAGGUCGCGGCUGCAGCUCGCGCGAAGGCUGAGUCCGAGUGUAAUGCACUACGCGAUCUCGUACAUUCCAUGCGUGAGGCGUGGACGCGUGAGGCGGCCGCUCUUAGGGAAGAGGUGAAUUGCUCCCAAGCUCA